AUGGCAUCCGACAAUAACAAACACUUUGACUUAGCAAAAGUUACAAAUGAAUCAUCAUCAUCAGAUCCAAGAACAACAAAAAAUACAAAAGAAUCCGAUUAUGAAGAUUGUUACGCGUGCAAACUUGUAGCCGGCACAGCAUUCAUUGGACUUGGUUUAUACGCGUUACGACAACGCAGGGCAAUGACUCAAUUCGCUAAAAAAUCUGAAGAAAUCAUACCGUAUUUGCGAUUAAGAAGUGUUGGAUUGAAUAUUAUUGGAAUAAGUGCAAUCGGUGCUGGAAUGUAUAGGAUCGCGUAUUAA